AAUAGCACUCAAGGUUGUUAUUUUAAUUUACGUAAUUAUUUUACAUUACACCAUUAAUCGGUUUUAUAACAUUGUCUUUAAUGUAUUGCACUUAAAUAAUGAAGUUUCCAAAUUUUAUUUUCCUCUGCCUCUUAGGGAUUAUCAGUUCCAAAGCAGAUGAAAAUAUAACGGCCAAAUAUUUUCCUGAAUCUUUUAAAUUUGGAGUAGCAACUGCAGCUUACCAAAUAGAAGGCGCGUGGGACGAAGAUGGAAAAGGUGAAAAUAUGUGGGAUAGGUUCCUUCAUGAUAAUUCCAGUAGAACCACUGAUGGAAAAAACGCUGACGUAGCAUGCGACUCUUACCAUAAGUGGAGGGAAGAUAUUGAACUUCUUAAGGAGUUUGGAGUAAGCGUAUACAGGUUCUCUAUUUCCUGGGCAAGGAUCCUUCCAGAUGGCACCACCAACAAGAUUAACCAGGCUGGCGUUGAUUAUUAUCUAAAUAUCCUAAAAGAGCUUAAAGCAAACAAUAUCGAACCACUUGUAACCUUGUAUCAUUGGGACUUACCUCAACACCUUAGCGAACUAGGGGGUUGGCUUAAUCCCCAAAUAGCAGACUAUUUUGGCGAAUAUGCCAGAACGGUUUUUAGGUUAUUUGGUGAUUAUGUUAAAAUGUGGGCUACAGUAAACGAACCAAAAUCAACUUGUCUCUUGGGUUAUGGUAAUACCAUGAAUGCACCCGGUGUGGCUUUGAUUGGUGAUGGUGUUUAUCAAUGUGCCAAAAUUCAACUGUUGGCACAUGCUAAAGCUUAUCAUAUUUAUCAUGAUAACUUUGCUGCAGUACAAGGAGGCAAAAUCAGUUUGGUUCUUGAUACCCCUUGGCAUGAGCCUGCUAGUGAUAGUGAUUUAGAUAAAGAAGCUGCUGAAAGGGAAUUCCAGUUUGGAUUUGGUUGGUAUGCAAACCCAGUAUACGUGGGCGAUUGGCCCGAAAUGAUGAAAACUAGAAUCGCCGAUAGAAGUACACGAGAAGGCUUAGCCUUCUCCAGAUUGCCAGAAUUUACCGCAGAAGAAAUCAACUACAUCAAUGGCACUUUUGACUACUUUGGCCUUAACAUCUACACCGGGUACUUAGUAAACUACAUUGACGAUUAUCCAGUAGGCACUCCUAGCUACUGGUCAGACAAAGGAAAUAAUGUGUAUAGCGACCCCUCUUGGCCUCAGUCUUCAACAGAUUGGCUAAGGUACUAUCCAGAAGCAAUAAGAAAACUUGUCAAUUAUGUCAACGACAAAUACAACCCUGGUGAGAUUUUUAUUACUGAAAAUGGGUGGGCUGAUACUGGAGUAAUAGAUGAUCAGGAUAGGGUUAGAUAUCACAGGGGAUACUUGAGCAACCUUUUGGAUGCUAUACUAGAAGAUGGCGUCAAUGUCGUUGGUUAUACUGCAUGGAGUCUUAUGGAUAACUUUGAGUGGGCAUCAGGAUAUACGCAAAGGUUAGGGUUAAUCCAUGUGGAUCAUGAUAGUCCAAAUAGAACCAGAACCUGGAAGUCAUCUGGAAAGUAUUAUCAGCAAGUUGUUAAGACAAGGUGUUUAGUUGAUUCAUGGAUCAUCCUCUUUGCAUUGGCCGCUCUUUCCAGAGCUGAAGACGUCAAAAAGUUCCCAGAUAAUUUUAAAUUCGGUUCAGCUGGUGCCUCUUAUCAAAUUGAGGGUGCCUGGAAUGAAGAUGGAAGAGGACCAAGUAUCUGGGACACUUUUGUGCAUACACCAGGUCAUGUCAAGAAUAAUGCUACUGGCGAUAUAGCUUGUGACUCGUACCACAAAUACAAGGAAGAUGUGGCCAUUUUAAAAGAUCUGGGUGUUCAGGUGUACAGAUUCUCCAUUUCUUGGUCCAGAAUUAUGCCAGAUGGUACCCCAUAUCAAAUUAAUCAAGCUGGUAUCAACUAUUAUUUAAAUCUUAUUAAGGAACUCCAAGCCAACGGUAUUGAACCUCUAGUUACUUUAUACCACUGGGACCUCCCUCAAAACUUAGAGGAUCUUGGGGGCUGGCUUAAUCCUCAAAUUGCGGACUACUUUGGGGACUAUGCAAGAGUAGUUUACAAAUAUUUGGGUCCCUAUGUCAAAUAUUGGGUAACCAUUAACGAACCGGGAACCACUUGUGCCACUGGCUAUGGACAGGGUAUUCAUGCUCCAGGAAAGUAUCUUAUCGGUGAUGGUAUUUACCAAUGUGCUGCCAACAGUAUCAGAGCCCAUGCCAAGGCUUACCAUAUUUAUGAUGAUGAAUUUAGAGCAGAACAAGGAGGUAAGGUAACUUUAAACAUCCCUAGUGCCAUGUACUAUCCAAAAACCAAUAGCAGCAAAGAUAUUGAAGCAGCUGAAAGGUCUUUUGAAUUCAAUGUUGGUUUGUAUGCUAACGCCAUCUACAAGGAAAACUGGCCACAAGUAGUAAUCGAUCGCAUUGCCAACAGGAGCAAGUUAGAAGGCUACUCCUUUUCCAGACUUCCAGAAUUCACUAAGGAAGAAAUCGAUUACUUUAAAGGGACCUACGAUUACUUUGCCCUUAACAUGUAUACUAGCUCUAUAAUUGAAUAUGCUGAUGAAUGGGACAUCCAGAAGCCAACUUACUGGCUUGAUAUUGGAACUAUUGGUUCAGUAGAUCCCUCAUGGCCUCAAUCUGCAUCCUCAUGGCUCAACUCUGACCCUCCUGGCAUCAGACAUAUUUUGAAUUACAUAAACGACAAAUACAAUCCAGGAGAGUUUGUAAUUACCGAAAAUGGUUGGUCUGACUUGGGAGAUCUAGAUGACCAAGGCAGAAUUACUUAUUUUAAGGGUUAUUUGAGUAAUAUUUUAGAUGCUAUUUUAGAAGAUGGAGUUAAUGUAACUGGGUAUACUUUGUGGAGUUUGUUGGAUAACUUUGAAUGGGCUGAAGGAUAUACUCAAAGGUUCGGUAUUGUUCAAGUGGACUUUGAUAGUCCAAACAGGACCAGGACAUAUAAGAGUUCAGCUGAAUGGUACAAGAGAGUGGUGGCUGCCAGAGCGAUUGUGGAUUAGAUUGUCUGCUUAUAAAUUAUUAAUAUAAAAUGUGUGUAAACAAAAUAAAUGAAUUAAUUAAAAAAAGCAACAAA